AGCUCAAUAUGUUUUUGAAUUUCGAUGACACACUUCUUACACAAUAUAAAUAAAAAACAAACAAAUUAAAUAACAAAAUACACAUAUACAUCCUUUCCAUUAGCACAUACACGAUGAAUUUCGAGGUGUUCUUCGCCAAAGUGGAGGACCUGGAAGAGAUCAACAAGCUGAUCUGGUCGCCAGGCGUCAAGUGGUUUGGCAAUAUCCGGCCAAAGUAUCGUGGCAAGAAGUCACUCUUUCAAACCUACCAGACCCACAGACUGCUGGCUCGUAACAAGACAACCUCCGAUUUGGUGGCCUACGCCGAGUUCCGUAAUUAUCCUGCCGUGAACGCUCUGCCCUCCGAAUGCUGGAUGGAGUGGUUGUCCGCAAGAUACUGUUUAACCUUUGCCAUUAGCUGGCUUAACGCUUUGUUCUGUAACUUUUGCAUCUACAAGGUCGAGUAUCCGUGUGUGAUUUCUGAGAUCAUGAGGCAAGUAUUCUACCGAGAGAAUAGGGUUUGGUACAUAAUUACCGUAAGGACACCCAAUGUACGACAACCCAGUCACUUUAACGAGAGCUUCGAAGAUCUGGAGGAACUAUCAAAGGUCUUCUAUCCACAAGAGUUUUGUGCGGAGAAAAACGACAACACGCAAUCGCUGUACAUUGUGAUUCGCUUUGAACAGAUGCCAUGGAUGACAUAUCGCAAGGCGCUAGCCGAGGACAACGAUGACAUCAUUGCCCUACAAGAGGUCGAGAUGCCUGAGAUGCGCCAGACUCUAGGUGACUUCUACAUAGCGGAAGCGAUAAUGGGUCAGAAACCAGGAUCGGAGAAGAACCUCCUUGUCGUAGGCGAGAUGAGCACUCAGAACGAGGAGACCGAGAUUGCUGUCUUUAUGUGGCUGUCCGGGGAUAUUGACAUUCGGUUCUAUGUGCAAAACUUCGAGGUCGGAGCCUUUGGUAAUCUGGUGAAGGGCGUCGAUGGCAAUUCCUUUCACUACGAAGCGUUUACUGUGUAUUCAGUGAACCGCAGAGCGCCAGCCAGCAUGUUCACGGCGGAUGCCCUCACGGAUCUGCACAAUAUGACUAUUCUGGGAGGUAUCCAACAGGUUGACAGUGGCAUGAGUGUGGCCAGUGGGGGCAAGAUAAGGCUUUCCGCCCAUAAGGGCACCAUUGAUGAUCCUGCAGAGGACAAAGAUAAAAAUAACUUUUUUAUGCGCGAGGUUCUGCAUUCAAGGUUCAAGUAUAUCAUUGAUAAGCUCAGCAGUAGCGAAUACUAUAUGCGAAACGAGCCAAAUUACAUCAACUUUAUUUACCCCACCCAAGGCUAUCCUGCCGGGCCGAAGGCCAUUCAGGCGGCCUCGAAUGUCUUCCAGCUCAAGUGCAUUGUGGCGAAAGAGGGUUUCCCAUUGUCGCGGCUUUUCAACUGUCUGGUGGCCACGUUUUGCGCUUAUCCGGACAAGGACUACUGCAUAAUGAUAAUGAAUAAGAAGGAUAGGAUCAUCAAAAGUCACACCGAGAUUCUUUCGUAUUUUAUGCCGGUGAUCGCACGGCCCACUAGUUUGCCCGAUUUGGAAGAGGUGUUCAUCACACACCGCAGCACCAUUUUCGGAGAGAUCAGCAUAUAUGAGAUGACGAAGGAGGAUGUACCGGUGGUGCUCAAGCUGGUUGUGGGUAGUCUGGCAGAGAAGGGGCAUUCCCCAUCGUACUCUUCAGAGGGUGUCUCCUACUGCGCCAUGGUCAACGAGCGGGCGGAGCUGGAGAACGAGAUGCGAGUCCUCGAGGAUAUUAUGGCGGAUGUCUUGGAGAAUGAGUUUAGCGAGUUUUCUGUGUUUACCAUUCGGUGCGGGAAUUCGACGAAAUCCAUUGAGCAUAAUACGCCCAUUGGGUACGUAGUGCUUAGGCAGUUCCACAAUCAUUCGAAGCUUUUCGAUCACUAUCACCUGCCCCGCCAAGAGAAUCAUCUGGAUCACCUAAGAGCUGAGAUCAUAUCCUUGCGCCUCCACCCACUCUUCCUAGUCAGCUCCGCACAGAUCUUUCGGGAUCUGGCCAGAAAGACGAACUACUUCGACUUUUAUUUCAUCUCCUCGUUCCAUGAAAGCAAGUUCGGCAACGAUCUAAAGAAAAUGAUGAUGGUCCUGGAGCCAAGGCCUAUAAAGAAGGCUCCUGUGACUUUUACGCUCAUUAAAGAAGUCGAGUUUUCGACCAGCAAGCUAAAUCUUCCCAAGACCAAUUUCGGCCGGGAUUACCUGAUAGUCUAUCGGCACAGACUCAAACCGAACAAGUGGUUUACCAGCAGCAGGAAACUCGUCAUUAUUGGCUUUACCGCCAUGACCAAGGCCUUUCUCCGUCUACUUAUAUUCCAGUGGAACACCAAGGACUUUAGUAACGCCAGUAACUACACCUGCCUAAGCUGGCCAGAGGUUACGGUUAUCUGUACCGGGGUUAUGGAGGCGGAGUACGACAACCUGUUCGAGUGUCCCUAUUGUUCCGAUAAGCGUCGUUGCUAUCUCUCGUUUCAGAAUGUGCCCUGUUACAUACGUGACUGUUGUUGGCGCAUGGAUAUGCGAUACUGGGUGCACUUUGUACCCGGCAAAGUACAGUUCAUUAACAGGGAGAAGAAGUUUGUAAAGGCGAAUUCCUGCGAGAUCUACUAUGACACCUUGCUGCUAAUGUGCGCCCGAAGUUUCGUCCUAAAGGUUCCGAGCACCGAGCAGGCCAUCUCUUGCCCGUGCAACUUUGUGGAGGUGAACAGUCGAAUUAACAAGCUGCUGCUCUUUUACAAGAUACGGACUCUGCUGAAGGAAAUGCCGCACACCUACCGCAUUGUGGUAUAUGGCAAUAAUUUGUCCACCUUCGAGUGCGUCGCAUUCCUGAUUAGCCAUGGCGUAGAUAACUCCCGGAUAAUAUUCGUACAGCCGACUCGAACCAUCGGCACCGAUGAGGAGGUUAAGCAAAAGAAUCCGUAUUGGGAUAAUAACUUGCAGGUCAUCCUGAGCGAAAUUCUCACGGACAGCGGUGUGAUGAGCAUGGAGGAUUACAAGUUCCAUCACUGGGUGCUGCACGAGUCCGGUGACUUCAUUAUGCAGGUGGUCUUCCAGCAUUUUCCUCGUCGCCAUCUGGUGACCUACGAGUGUGACCUCUUCAUAUCCUUCGAAGAGGGUCAUCUGAAACCGGAGAACAAGAUAUGGAUGCAAAAAGCGGACCUAGACCUAGAUGGUGACAAUAUCCUGGUAAACGAAUGCUAUCAGACCAAUGAUCCGAAUAUCUAUGCGGCUGGUAAUUACAUCAAAUUGCGGCGGGAAUGCAAUUAUCAAUACAAGUACGUCAGCGAGCGAGAGACUGCCCGCAAGUUGUUACAUCAUCUGGGUAUUGCGCCCAUAAGCAAAUUUGAGGACCGAUUCUCGGAGCCAGUAUUUUUUCAGGCCAGCCUCCCACUGAACUACUUCAUCACGAAGAUCACCUUGCCGCGUAGAUUUCUUGCCAGCCAACUGACUUUAACUUACGCUUGGAACAGGACCACAUACAAGGAUCACACUUUCUGUCGAGUGGGUCUUUCGCAGACUAUGGUGGUGGAUGAGAUUGUGGUCGUCUCGAAACGGGAGUGUUACAUGGACUUUCUGCAGCACUUUGUUGGCAAGCACGAGUUGCUUUUAAAUAAUCUAAAGGCUCGCUUUGAGGCCAAUGCUAUUCAUUGUUUUUUCAAGUGGUUUCAACAGGGUUGGACUGAAUUGAUAAUGCACGAGGGUUUUGAGGACUUGCAGGUGGAAAAUAGAAGCAUACUGAAAACGAUGGCGGUGGCAGCGCAAAGUAAAAAUGUAAAUCGUGGUCCCUUUCAAGAUGUAACCGAUCACGACUUCUAUGUGCUAAAUAAGCGCUACGUGGAGCAGAAGCUGCUAAGUUUCCUAAGGGAUAACCGGGCGGAUUUUAAGCACAAGUUUGCUUUGCCCGAGGAUUUCAUUUCGAUGGACCCGUAUUCAUGGAGUCAGGGCAUUGAAGAUAAAAACCAGUCUCCGGAUAUGUCUGAGGAGGACUAAUUUGUAGAACCAAAGUA